CUUAAAUACAACAAAUUUUACUUUUUCAAAAUGAAUGCUUAUGUUCAUGCGAGAAUGAAUACUAUUUUAUUUGGGAUUGUCUACUACCCGAAUAUACCUAUCUCUAGCUACUUUCGGAUGUUCCCAUCCACAUUGACCCAAUUAGCUCUUCAUCAAAACCAGUUUUCCGGCAGUCUUCCCAUCACCACGGAAGCUUCUCCUUCAAAUCUUCAAGUCCUCAUACUGUCUCUGGAUCGACUUAGUGGUGAAAUUCCAAGCUCCACCGCAAAUGCUUCGAUGCUGACCUUAGUGGAACUCAACAAGAACUCAUUCACUGGCCUCAUACCCAACUUGGGUCUCUUAAGAUCCUUGCGAACACUUCGUCUUUGGGAAAACAAUUUGAAAGGAGCACUAUCUCCAACACAGCACCUGACCUUUCUCACUUCACUUACCAAUUGUCCGAAUUUGGAACAUCUAGAAAUAAGGGACAAUCCACUCAAUGCUAUUCUCCCUCCUUCCGUAGGGAAUUUGUCCAGCUCUCUUCAGUCUUUUAUGUUUUCGGACUGCAAUAUCAAUGGCCCUAUUCCUCCCGGCUUUGGAAACUUAAAGAGUUUGCAAUUUUUGGAGUUAGCUGAAAAUCAGCUUACUGGCCUCCAUCCCAACAACACUAAGAAAAUAUUGAACAUUGCAAUAGAUGUGGCGUUAGCCUUGGAAUAUCUUCAUCACAACCACACCUUUGCUGUUUUACAUUGUGAUUUAAAACCAAGCAAUGUGUUGCUUGCUGAAAAUAUGAUUGCUCAUGUUGGUGACUUUGGCAUUUCCACGCUCUUUGAUGAAGGGGAGGCUAUGACUCAGACUAAAACCUUUGCCACUGUCGGCUAUGCAGCACCAGAUCUGAAGGGAAAGUAUCCACAUGCAGAGAUGUGUACAGUUAUGGGAUAAUGUUGGUGGAGAUGUUUACGUGCAAGAAGCCGACAGAUGAUAUGUUUGGUGGGGAAAUGAGCAUGAAGGAGUGGGUGAUUGCAGCAAUGUGAAAAAUGCAACUUGUGAAAUCGUGGCACCUGGUUUGCUUGUUUGAAUGUGUCUCGUCUAUUUUUGACUUGGACAUAAAGUGCUUAGCCUUUU